AUGGCCAUGCUGAACAGGGACUACCAUUCGAGGCCAACGCUGCAAGGCAUACGCACCGCCUUGAAGGCCCUGGUGUAUGAGGAUUACGCGCUGGACAGGGAUGCAGUGAACAUGAUCAAGCUGUCGCCGUCAGAGCGGGGGGCGAGCGUGACCACCCCGACCUGCCUUGACAGGGAGGAGGAGCCUUUGCCCGCUCCGCAAUGGAAUGCCGUGCAUCCCUCCGGACGAGUCAAGUACAACCCGGCCGACUUUGCGCCUGAUCGACACCAGGCGUCAACGACCCUGCAACGAGUGUUUCAUUAUGAUGACGUGCGCGAGCAGGUCAUCACGACAUCUCAGUCCCCUGUCCACCGACCAGUGCUUCAUUAUGACCACGUCUAUGACGAGCCUGUCGAGGGCUACCACCCUGCGGACAUGAACGCGCCCGGAUUCCGACCUGGCCGCCGCCCCCGUCAGCCAUACGACCCUGCCAGGUAUCAGGCCCUCCUGGAGUCAGAGGCAAAGACCCACGAGCUGCCAUGA